AUGCCGGCCUACCACUCCGUCUUCCUCGAUGAGCCCAAUCAGCAAUUGAUUGGCAACUUCGCUCUCCUUCCACUCCGCACACGCACCCGCGGCCCUGCCAUCCAGCUGCCAGCUCUACCUGCCGAUGUCACAGAGCUCACCAUCGAUGCCUCACACGAGUCGUACGAUCCGCUAGACGAGAUCCUUGCCCUCUUCCGCGCCAACACAUUCUUCCGCAACUUCGAGAUCAAGGGCCCCGCCGACCGUGUCCUCAUCUAUGGCAUCCUAUACGUUAGCGAGGUACUGGGAAAGAUCAAGCCGGGCAUGAGUCGGAGAGAAGCCGAGAAGGCUGUUAUGAACAUUGCGCUGGACACCAACUUUGCGAUUCCAGGUGACGCAGGCUUCCCGCUUAACCAGGCCUUCGAGGCGCCAGCGGACAGGAACGGAGCUGAAGUGCUGCGACAGUACAUCAUGCAGAUGCGACAAGAGCUAGCAACACGGUUACUGAACAGGGUAUACGCGGACGAGACAAACACACCCAGCAAGUGGUGGCUCAGCUACACGAAGAGGAAGUUCAUGGGCAAAGCGUUGUAG